ACGUACCCUUUGUAAAAUGCCAGGUGCAAGCUCAAGCUCCGUUCUGACGACAUUGACUCUGCUGAUCAACGACCAAACCGCCAAGAUGGACAAGAUACCUCUCAACUACGAAGCCUCUGAAGGCGAUACGCACAAGCAAAUCACGGCCAGCCUUCCGACAGAGGUUGUGCAAUGCCUCGAAAAUGCCCGCUUUCUUCAUCUCGCUACAUGUAGCGACAAUGUUCCUCACGUCUCUCUCAUGAACUACACUUACCUACCGUCGACCCCCUAUACGUCCGCUCCUGUCAUUGCGAUGACCACCAACCCGUCCUCCCGCAAGACUACGUCGAUCCGCGCGAAUCCGUGCGUCUCUCUCCUGGUGCACGACUGGGUAUCUCACCGCAAUCCGACACACACGCGGCGCGCGUCCGGUGGCUCGCCCGUCCCAGAGCCCCCGUCCUCGUUAGCGUCGCUCCUCUUGAAUUUGAACACCUCCCAGAUGUCAAGCAUAAGCGCGACCAUAGGAGGCGCCGCACGGAUUGCAACACCGGGGUCCGAGGAGGAAAAGUACUUUGUUGAUCAGCACUUGGAGAACCAUACCUACGAGGAGGGGGUCCAGCUGUUCCGUCAGGAUACCAACGCCGAGGGCCAGGAGCAGCGGACGGCGCAGUUUGUCGCGGGCGCGGAAGUCAGCGUGAUUGUGGUUGAAAUCAAGGACGUCCGGAUCAGCGACUGGAAGGGCACUGUGAGGGACUGGGCAUUGCAGCCUGACGCUACAAUGGUGAAUGGGCAUUGAAGGGUGUCGGACAGCGUAUCGGGAGGGCUGAUAUGUAUAAUUAUUAAUGACUAUAUGAUCGGAGGGUACCACAAUUCAGCAUGCUCAGCUGGUCUAUGCGGUACUGGAAUAUUGUGCGCUUUUCAGAGCAAAAAUAGUAUGGUCGGAAAAUUACUAGCGUUGAGCAAUUUGAGCAUAUCUCAGCAAAACAACAACACAAUUCCAUUGAUUGACGCUACGGUCCGUACAUCCUGACA